ACCAGACCUCGUCCUGCUGCCACUCCUUCACCUGGGAUGACAGACAGAGGCCAGAAGACACCAGAGCCAAGAAAAGGAGAGCUAGAGAUACAGUCAGUCAAACUGACUCCUAAGGAGACGUAGAGGUGCUAGCAGUAGCAAGGUCAAGGUGGAAGAGGAGAGGCCACAUAUGGCCAAGGUCAGAACCAUGACCCUCAGCUGAAGGUAGAGGCUGGGGGCCUCUGUCAUGGCUCUCUGUGCACUGACCACGAGGAAGCACUUUUGCAAUAUAGGAAAAGAAGAAACCAGAUUGAUAAAGGAAGUACUCGUUACUCUGAGGCCGGGUGAAUCAGGGGAAGACAUUCACCCACCCCUGCUCUUCUAAAAGAGACUGAUCCACGUUCUCCAGGUGCCUCUUGAUUCCCCAAGAAGACACCUCCUCGGGCCUCCCCUCUGGUCUGGACAGAGCUGCUUGUCUUCUCUCCUGGGAGGAGAGUGAGGCAAUGAGUCUGUCCUUGCUGCUGCCUCAGCUGCUGCUGCUGCUGCUGACUACUCUGCAGGCUGGUAACUCAGCAAGAUGUGAUCCAAAAAUGGACUUUAGGAUGGACCAACCAGAGCACCUCUCCGCCCCCAAGGGUGGCACCGUCCACAUCAAUUUCACCUUCUAUUACUGUGGGGCAUUAGCCAAGGAUCCCAGAGUGAGUAUAGCCUUGAAACGGACACAUUUCCAUGGGGAGGUCAUCUACAACAGUACUAGGCAUUUCGUCCAUGAGGAUUACAAGGACCGGAUCAUCCUGAACUUGCCAGAGGGUCAGAAGUCUGGCUUCCUGCAGAUAUUGAACCUGCGAGAGGAGGAUGAGAAUAUGUAUUUUUGCCGGGUCCAAUUGAAGACACAAAGAUUUGGCUUGCAGGUGUGGCAGUCCAUCCUGGGGACCAAACUCACCAUCAACCUCGCUCCCAAGACAACCACCGAGGGCCCCACAAGCACUGCCACCACCACAGCCGCCACCACCACCACUGGACUCAGUGUCUUGGAGGGGAAUAGGAGCUCAGCAUCUUUACCCCUGAGUGUGGGAGCUGCUGUUGGGGCUGGUGCUGUGCUCAUAAUUGUAAUUUUGGGACUGAUCCUCUACCUCCGGUGGAAGAGAAGCAAAGGUCUACAGACUACAGCCAGAACCGUAGCCAGGGGAUCCCUCCAAAAUACUGAGGAGAAGUAUGAGAACAUUGGGAUUAAAAGACAACAAACAGACCCCAAGCUGGACCCCAAGGAUGAAGCCCAGGAUAAUGGCGGCAUCCUCUAUGCCUCCCUUACCCUCUCCAGUUCCUCCUCACCAGCAGCACAUCCCCCCCUUCCCAAGAAGAGCCCCCAGGAGGAGACCCUAUACUCUAUCCUAAAGGCCUAAUGGGUGGGAUUGAAGGAUGACCUCCUUAGACUAAGCUGCAGAGCGGGUCACAGCUUCUGAUAACAACUCUGGCCAGACACAGAAGACUCAGAAGUCAGGGGGUGUGGAAGGCCACCAAGGACUGCAGAGAAACAGAGCCAUCUGCUCCAGUGCCCUCUCCACCUUCCCAGCCCUGCCCACAAGAAUAAAAGUACCCAUUGAAUUUGCCCAAAAGCAUCUAAGGAAAAAACUGAUAGCACCUUCAACUUCUGUCUUUUGCCUCUUGCCAAAAAUGAACUAUAAUAAACAGCUCCCACCCCAGA